AUGAAUCCUUCGGAGGAACCACCGGCGGCCAACCUCAACCCUUCGGGGAGGCCCCCGGACGAAUCUCAGGCCACGCUUGCGAAAGGAGUUGUCGCAGAAGCAGCGACUCCAACCGCACGUAUGGACGAGACAGCCAUGAUGAUAGACUCCCAGCCGCAGCUAUUGCCACAGGGGGUCUCCACACCUCUUCCUCUUGCUGUUCAGGCUAUUUCCUAUGCGAAGAUCGUUACAGGACAAACUCUGGAGAACAACAAGCCAAAAAGCUCUUAG